AUCUUUGUACACCAUACCCAGCAUCCAACUAAUUAUUACUCUCUUCAUUUGCUUUGUUUCAACUUUCAAAGUUAGCUGAAAUGGCAUUUGUCACUGCCAAUGCUGGAGUUAAAGUUCAAAUCAAGAGUCAAUCAAAUGAUUUCUGGGAUGCUAUUACCAAUAACCAAUUUCUUCUUGAUGCCAUUCCUGACCUAUAUGAAUCAAUAAUUUUUCCAAAACCCAGUAAUCUUCAAGAGCGCAAAAUCACGUAUGGCUCAAGUUCUCAAAACAUCAAAACCUCGACUGAACGUGUCGUUGAGAACAGUGAUGAGAAAUUUAUUUACACUGUAGUUGCUGGUGACAUCCUUACCAAAUAUGAAGUCAGCGACUUUCGAGCUACGAUAAGUUACCCUGCUGACAAAUGGGUGAAAUGGACCUGGACCUAUAAAUAUUUGAAGGACGGGAAAAGAAAGGCUCUUGACCUUGAUGUAGAGAUCGCAGACAUUGUGCUUAAGAGCCUAUCAAAACUUGAUACCUUUAUUCAAAAGAAGCAACACUGAAUUGCAUGUUUACUGUUGCACAUCUCUGUGUGGUAUGCUAAAUAAAGCAGAAUCCUACGUCUGCUUAACGCUCUAUGCUUUAUCUUAGUCGUGUUUGUGUUAUGCUUGCUACGUGUUGUAUUAAAUAAAGCAGAGUCCUAUCGUGCUUAAUGCUCUGGACUUUAUUUGCUUGUAUUAAAAUAAAAAUCCAACUUUAGUUGCUUGUUCUUCCAAAAAAUGAUUUCUCCUUUCUAUGCAUGUAUAAUUAAUUCCUUAUGUGCUCAUUGGUAUACAAUAAUUUUAGUUGAUA